AUGACCGCCUCUUCCAACGACACCAGCCUUAGAGACAUCUGGUAUACCAUGAGUGGGAUCCCGGGACUGGAAGAGGCACACCCCUGGAUCUCUAUCCCCAUCUGUUCCAUGUACAUAGUUGCUAUCGUAGGCAACACCCUCCUGUUAUUCCUGGUCUCCACUGAGCGCCGUCUUCAUGAACCCAUGUACCUUUUCCUCUCCAUGUUGGCUCUGGCAGAUAGCUUUCUCUCCACAGCCACCACACCAAAGAUGCUAGCUAUCUUCUGGUUCCAAGACGGGGGUAUUUCCUUUGGUAGCUGUGUGUGCCAGAUGUUUUUCCUCCACUUCAUCUUUGUGGCAGAAUCUGCCAUACUGCUGGCCAUGGCGUUUGACCGCUAUGUAGCCGUCUGUCAUCCACUAAGAUAUGCUACCAUUCUGACACCCUCAGUCAUUGGAAAAGUAGGCAUUGCUUCUGUAACUAGGAGCUUCCUCAUCUGCUUCCCCUUGGUUUUCCUGGUUUAUCGGCUUCCUUACUGUGGGAGAAGGGUUAUUCGUCACUCCUACUGUGAACACAUGGGCAUUGCCAGGCUCGCCUGUGACAGCAUCAAAGUCAACAUCCACUAUGGGGUGACUGCGGCUCUGUUUUCCGUGUGCCUGGGUGUGGCCAUCAUCAUCUCUUAUGCCCACGUCCUCCGUGCCGUGUUUAGAAUUCCUUCGCGAGAGGCCCGGCUCAAGGCUCUGAGUACUUGUGGCUCUCAUGUGUGUGUCCUCCUACUGUUCUACACCCCGGCCUUUCUUUCAGUCCUCGCUCACCGAUUUGGGGGCCACAGUGUUCCAUUCCAUGUACAUGUCCUCCUUGCCCAUCUUUAUGUGGUGAUACCACCAGCUCUCAACCCCGUCAUUUACGGGGCUAAGACCAAGCAAAUUCAGGAGAAAUUGACCCGUGUCUUCUCUUUGACCAAUAAAUGUUGCUGCUGUGGACUAAACGGCUCAGUCCUUCGCUUUUGUGCACAACUCCACUAA